AUGAUCGCGCCGCUUUUGCUUAUGAGAAGAAGGAGACUUCGCUGGCAACGACGGCAGAACAAGAAGCAAACCACAACCAACACCAGACCAGCAGACCCAAACGCGCCAUCGCCCACCAGCGAGCCCGUAGAGUACCCCGGACCAGCAGACCCAAACCCGCCAUCGCCCACCGGCGAGCCCGAAGAGAUGAGCGCGCAAGUGCAAACCGGCGCCUCGACGCAGCAGCAAACGAAGCAGCCACUCAUUCCACAAUAUCAGGAGCCGCGGCCCCAUGGGCCCUUCGCCAUAAGACCAAAGGUGCCCUUCGAAGAACGGGUAGACCCCACUGUCAUGCCGACAGAUGCCAGAUUCAAGGAGAUGGUAGGCUACUUCUUUGGCUGCCUGCGCCAGCCAAAAAUGACCGUCGAUGAGAUCCUCGAAUCCGCCUUCGACUCGCACGAGAUCCGCAAGUUCACGCCCGCGACUGGGCCACCCAUGGUCGUCCAGUGGCAGAAGCAAGACACGGCCGAGUUCCAGGACCUCCUGGACACGCGCUUCAAGGGCCACCCGCCCUCGCUGCAGUUCAAGAUGGCCUGUCUCUACUUUGGCGUGCCAGUCGCACCAAUGCGCCCCGGCGGGCGACACUUGCCGGUGCCUAUGGAUAUCGACUUGGACGACGACGAUGACCCCGUAGAUAACACGACCACCCAGAAAGAAGCCCUCGCAUUCCUGGAUGAAUUUGCCGAAAAGACCGGCGAGACCUCGGGCCGGAAUCUCUCCAACAACAGAUUCUCCAGCAGGGGUCCCCUCAGCAACGGAGCCCCCAGGAACGGGCCGGUUACCAGUGUUACGUCUUCCAUGGGUCUCCGCGGUGGAGGUGGUUACGGAGAGAAAGAUUUCGAGAUAGAGUCGGAACACCCCCUGGAAGACGACGACUUUGUCGGGAUGGACACGGGCGAGGUCAUGACAGAGGCCGAUUUCGCAGAGCUUGCUAGCAAGUACGGCACGUGGCCAGUGGAAAAGGACAUAACGGAGACCGAUGACCCCCCCUUGUCGCCAUCAAAGAAGCAGGAGGGGAAACCCGCCGGACCCACGGAAGAUGGGCUGAAUAGUGGCCUCCAAACAGGUAUUUUUGGUUACGAGGGCGCGCGAGCCUCGCGGGUGGACUGGAAUGAGGUCGGCGUGAACAUAGACGAGCUUCUCGGCAUCAAGGAUGGGCGCGACGCCGAGAUCUGCUUCGAAGUUUGGGAUGCAAAUGCACAGGACCGGCUAGAAACGGUCCAGGACACGCUUCGACAUGGCAAGGUCCCCCUAUCUAGCGACAAGCUUCAACAGACGUUCGUGAAGUACUUCAAUAAACCCGGGCUUGAGGAAGCGCCAGUCGCCUUCUUUGUUCAUCACAAGGCCGAAAUUUGCCCGAGUCUCCUGAUGCCGGAGGAGAAUGACCAAACUGGACUUACAAUCGACAACGGUCUUCGAAGAACAUACAUGAGGUUGCCACAGAGGGGGCUCACGGGCAAGCAUAAAGCGCACCAGUUCAGUGGCGAGUAUAUUCGAGCAAUGUGGGCACUUUUCUCGAACCCUGAGGACCCUCCGCACGCGUACAUGUACAUCCCCGCCCUUAAGGGCCCGGCUUCUUAUGGAUUGUUCGACCCCCCAGCCCGCACUUGGCCCUUGGUGUCUCGCUUGAUGAACGAUUCGCCGGGCGAAAGGAAGAAAAUUGAGAUAACAGCGGAAGAGGUCGUCCGGGACGAGGUGCCGGUCCUGGUGCCAGGGUUCAAUGCCCCCCCGAGUCCUCCGGGUUCCCGGAUCUUUGACAAGGCUUUCUUCAGACACACUGGCAAUGAGUCUGACCGGAGCGGUCUCAUCUUCCUGGCCGACCAGGUACUUCACAGCCGAAUCCAGCUUGGGUUAGCUGAAAAGAGGUACACCGCCCUUGAGAUCUGGAUUCCAGGGACGAACUUCUUCAACCUCAACAAAGAGUCGGGUCGCGUCACUUGCCCCCGAUGCAGUGUUGUGGCGAAGAAUUCCUUGAGUGAAUGGCAAACCAUACUCGCAGCGAUACCGGCGUCUAUCAGUGAUAGGGAGGGGGAACCGACGAGCAUCGUCUGCCGGCCCCGGUUCAAUAAGUACACGAUGGCACACAACGCUUCUGGUGAUGAUGCGGUUGUUGUGGACAUCGACACCAUGACGCUGGACCACUUCAAGGAAACCGUGAAGAAGAUGAUUCCGAGCUACGACCGCCAGAAACGAGACACUGUCAUAAACUUGAGGCAGAUCACUUGGCCUUGGACAACAAAAAAGGGCCUCUACGAGUUUGUGGUCCGACACGAGACGGAUGAGGCCGCAUGGCGGUGGAUCAUGCGGAACAUCGUACAGCCUGACAUGAAGGUCGAGCUCAGCACCGAGGAGGACAACGAGUGGAUCAUUGACGAGAAGAACACGGUAUGGGGACCGCGCUACGACUCUGAACGGCCGCUGACCCUAUCGUCCGGCAAACCUGCUCCAAAUUUAAUAAUCGGCUUUAAGGCCACCAGCACUGAUCCGGCGUAUCUGUCGAAACUGGCAAGUCUCGGGCGCAAGGUAGACGCCAACGGUAUGAUAGUUAGUGCCUAUCCCACCGGCCAGACUGCCACCGGCGAGACUGCCACCGGCGAGACUGCCACAGGCGGUACAAACCGGGGCGGACUUAGUAACGGAGGAGGCAGAGGAGGCAGCGGAGGCAGCGGAGGCAGCGGAGGCAGCGGAGGCAGCGGAGGCAGCGGAGGCAGCGGAGGUAGAGGAGGCAGAGGCUCGCAGAACUCAUCAUUGUCCACGGGGUGGCGAAACACCUUCGAUAGAGAACAAACACUACGCAACAGGUUCUUCUGGAACUCCGAGAGCCUGUUCACGAAUCCCACAAAGCCCGUCAUGCCCCUCCACGGGCCGCCCAUCGAAUCGAUUAUCAGCACGGGACCGGCCAUGCCCGGCGUGACCAUCGCGAUGACGACUCCCACGGAGAUGGUGCGCCUCCAGCGCGAGGUCCACUCGCUGCGCAACCAGCUGCUCGACAGAAUCAGAGAGUGCCCUUACGUGGACUGCGACCGCUACUUCGAAUUCGCCGACGGGGAGGGACUCGACCAACACGUGAGAAAAGAACACAACACCCUGAUGUGUCCCUUUUGCCACUCGGAUGAAGCCAUCCUUCGACUCUACGAUCACGACCAGAUCAAGGAGCACUUCGUCAAAGUCCACCUGGGCGAUUUCAAGCGGCUCUACUGUAACGGCACCGGCCAGGGUGCCGGGUGCGGGAGCGGAUGCGGAUGUGGGAGCGGCCAGAUGUCCAAGUACUGCGACCGCUGCGGCCGGGACCAGGUCCUGCUGGACAAUGCCGCCGACCGGGACCACCAUGCGCGGGUGUGUACCAACCCCGAGACGGCGGCGACGAGCAAAGAACGCGCGCGCGCGAGGUUCUGCGAGCACUGCGGCAUACCGAGGGUCUGGAGCACAUCUCGAGGCGAAGACGACGUGGAGGACGAUUGCAAGUGCGGCGUUGCCAACCCGAACGGAACACCUCUCAACUUUUGCCAGUUCUGUCAGCUCAAGUGGGACGACUCGAUGCAUCCUACGUACCGCGCCAUCCACCAGAAGGCAUGCAUGCCGCCUGCCGGUCCUGAGUGUUCCUACUGCCCCUACUGUGCCAUCCAGCUGGGUGCGCUGCUGGACUGCAACGAGAAGACAAGCCAUAUCCUGCACUGCGAGAAGCGGCCGCAAGGAGGGGCUCAGCCUCUUGGAGGGGCCGGUGCCUGCUGUGGUGGUACGACAUCGGGACCGAGCGGCGAGGAGAAGAAGUGCAAGUUGUUCGAUCUGUGCGGCGCCGUAGUCACGCACAUGACCGCCCAACAAUACAAGGCACACUGGGAAUGCCACGAGCACCAGGGCCAUGUCAAGAAGAAGACGCCACCCGGCUCCAAACCCGGCUCCAAACCUGGUUCCAAACCUGGCUCCAAACCUGGCUCCAAACCUGGCUCCAAACCUACCUCCAAACCUACCUCCAAACCUACCUCCAAACCUACCUCCAAACCUACCUCCAAACCCAGCUCCGAGCACGGGGGUACAGAUCCGCCCGAGGGCGGCCCUGAGGACGCCGAUCCAUUGCCCGAACCUGAACCGGUGCCGGGCACCGGGUUUGGUUUCAGCGGUGAUAGCGCUGUUCCAUUCGUCGAAGUCGAACCCGUGGGUGACCCGAAGCCAUUCAAGUAUGGCACCGGGCUUGGUUCCAGCGGUGGUGCCGCUGUUCCAAACCCAUUCAAGCCGACCUUACCUCCACCCAGCGCAGAUCAGACUAUGGCUUUAAUCGACCAACUGACGGGCAGAGGAGUGGACAUGCCGAUGGUAACGGAGGAUUCCGAGCAAACUUCAGAGGGGGAGCAUAUAGCCGAGGUCAGCUUUGAUAAGAAGCGUGCCAAAACCCCUAAGAAACCAACCACCAAGACCAUAGCCAAAGACAGCGGCACAGCGUCCAAGAAGGACAGUCCCAGCAAGAAGAAGAGCCCUGCGGGCAAGAUGAAGCUGCCGCCCCCGUCCGUAAACCUGGCGCCGUUCGGCGAGGACACCGAGGAAGGCGACCACGACCACGACCAAGUCGGAGCCAAACGCAAGCGCAAACGGCACUCGGACCGCGACACCGACGUGAGUUGGCGCCGGCCGAGCGGCACCACCGUAGAGCCCAACGAGGAACACUCCGAGGCGAGCGCGGUGCCCGACCCCGUCGCCAACCUGGACCCCGAGGCGCCCCCGUCGCCCAAAAAGCGUGCCACCAAGAAGAAGAACGUGACCAAGGCCGCCGCAGAUGCGAGCCCUGCCGGGGAACCCGAACCGAAGGCGACGCCCCGCGGCAAAGCGAAGGGCCUAGGCCGACCCACGCUGGCGGCAAAGGCGGCGGCGGCUGCUGCCGUAGAAGCGGCGCGUAGCAUGCCCCCACCGCCCCCUCCGGCGCCGGCUGCCACGCCAAAGACGCCCGGGCGACCUGCCGGCAAGAAGGCAGCAGCAGCAAGUGCCGCGAGCGCGACAACGCCGAUGACCGUCACCCGCUCGGGGCGGCCGGUCCGACAGACGCGCGCGGCCCAGGACGCGGCGCGCUACAACGAGUCCCCCUCGGAAGACAGCGAGGCUGCUGCGGGCCCCACAACGCGGGGAGUCCGCGGCCGGCCGCCCGUCAUCGACACGGAUAGCGAGUUCUUCUACGAGUCCGUGUCCACGCCCGCCACGCCUGCGCCUGUUAGCAGGCGGCCCAGGACUAAAAAGUGA